AUGCGACCAGUGCAGUUGCUGGUAACAUACGGUCUGGUGCUGUUCUCGGUGCUGUUGGUACCCUGUUUCUCGGUUACCUUCGAGGAUGGCACUUCCGGCGAACGACCCGAAGGACGCGAAAACCAUGUACCAGAGCCAGAAGGUCCGCUGCCUUUCAACAAGACACGUCAAGGAAAGGGACUUUUCGACUGGAUAGGCUUAGGUACAGGUCGAAACGUGGACCCCUACAUGGCAAAGACGAAUCAGGGCUGCCUGACCGGCGAUCUAGCAGAAUGUUUCAAAUCACAGGCUUUGAGUUACUUCUCCGACUUCUUCGACCACUCUCACUACGACCUGAACGAUUACGUGAAGGUCGUUAGGAUGUCCAGGGACGUGGUGCAGGAAGUGAAUCGUCAGCCGUACGAAUACUCCGGCGAAGCAAGAUCCAGCGACUCCGAAUGGGACCAACUGAUGAAAUUCGCUCUCAGAAAGGCAGAAAAGUUUGUAAAAUCCGUAGCCAUUGAACUACACAUUCCAUCGGACCAAACUGGAGAAAACGAAGUUUACGCACCUCGAUUUUUAGACGAAAUCGCCGACGAAAUCGACACUCUAGAAAACAAAAAGGACACUCUCUUCUCUCGUCACCAACUGAAGAAACUUCUCAUCCCAAUGCUCAUCGUUCUGAAGCUGUUCAAAUUGAAACUACUCCUGUUCCUGCCGCUUAUUUUAGGCCUGGCGUCCUUCAAGAAGUUCCUCGGCUUCCUAGCGAUCGUAAUCCCAGGUCUAAUUGGCUUCUUCAAGCUCUACAAACCGCUCACGCAAAGUUAUCAGCAUCCCGCGUACAGUCAAAGCGGUAUAGCUUAUCCAUAUUACAAAGAUAAUUCGAAUAAUUAUCCCUAUGGUGAGCCAGAGGUUCACCAUGGAUCUGAGUAUCAAGGUGGAUACCACAGGGACACUGUGUCCUAUGGACAGGACCUUGCUUAUCGAGGCUAUCAAGAUUACCAGUCGUAG